AUGACGCAGUUUGCGUGCGCCGCUGUUGAUGUGAAGAUUUUUUCAUACAGUGUGCGUUUCAUUAAAAAUUCAAUUCGUAAAUUAAACAGAUGGACAGUUUUUAGCGACUAUUCUACAAGAUUGAAUCUGAGGCUAUAAUGAGGAUAAAUGAAGAUACAUUACUAGAGGGACAGAAGGUUGUGCUGGUACCUUACAACGCAGAUCAUGUUCCCAGAUAUCAUCAAUGGAUGUCGUCUCCCGAUCUGCAGAAGUUGACCGCAUCAGAGCCCCUGACCCUAGAGCAGGAAUAUGACAUGCAAAAGAGCUGGAAAGAAGAUAACGACAGUGAGCUUCCACCUUACACAUGCACAUGUUUCAUGUUAGUGUCCUGUUGUCAUUCACGCACAUGCUCUCUACUUGAUAUGUUUCUGUGUUCAUUCGUCUUUGAUUUCUCCCCCAUAGAGUGCACCUUCAUCGUCUUGGACAAACAGAAAUGGGGAGAUCCAAGUAUACCAGAAGAGGGAUGCAUGGUGGGAGAUGUCAACAUUUUCUUGACAGACCCCAGUGACCCAACUUUGGCUGAACUGGAGAUCAUGAUCGCAGUGCCCUGCUAUAGAGGAAAAGGACUUGGCAAAGAAGUAACUCGGAUGAUGAUGUGCUAUGGCAUCAGCAUGCUUGGAAUUCAAAAAUUUGAGGUCAAGAUUGGUUUGGAUAAUAAAACCAGUAUUGCCAUGUUCAAGAAAUUUCACUUUAAGGAGCUCACUGUCAGUGAAGUCUUUCAGGAGGUCACUCUUGGGGUCACUGUGAAUGAGAACGUACGGAAAGUUUUAUUUGGAAACAUGGACUUCAUGCUGCAGAGAGAAUACGGAAAGGCACGAGAUAGUAGACAAGCCGCAAACCAACCUUUCUCUGUGAGCUGUGAAUAGCCUUAACACGAUGCAGUUAAGGCAGAAUUGGCUUUCAUAGAAGAUUUGAUUUCUGUUUUUAAAAAAAGCCUUAUGUGCAUAUUAAUUAUUAAUGAUUCACUGUGUCCCAAAAAGCUGAUAUACUUCCAGUAGGUGACAUUUGUCUGUAAUGUUUAAGUGUAACAAGAAUUAUAACUCAAAGCAAUCGACGCAACCAAACAUUGUAAUGUAUAUUGUCAUAUUGUGUGAUUUUAUCUUGUUAAGGCAUAUAUAAAGAAAUUGGAUUGUAAAACUCCAAUCUAAAGCCUUCCAUCUGCAUGAUGAUGUUGUUUUGAUUACAAUCAAUAUUGAAAAGUGAACAUAAAUGAUAGAUUUAGCCAAUAUUUUAAUAUAAUAAUGAAUUAGUUUAAGAGGUAUUCUUAUGUACAUACCGUUUCUCUUGUAGUAAAUUUAGUUUAAGUAAAUUGUAUUAAUGUCCUUCAUCAAAAUACAUAAAGGUCUUUUUAAAAAGACUUUGUGGCCGUUUUUUCUUUUUAACAAUAAAAAUGCUUA